GCUGAAGCAGCGAGAGCGGAGUCCACAGGAGCGCGCGCUGAAACAUCGUCCAGGUUUGUCAGAGGUCUCGGAACUGCACUGUUGAGGGAAGCACAAUGCUGGCUCGAGGGCUCGUGAGCGGCCGGGGUGGGGUCCGGGGCCGAGUUUCGGGGGGAUUCCUUCAAACUGCAGUAUUUGGUGGGAGAACGGGACAGCAGGAGAGACACGGGACAACCGAGGCGGCUCUGAAGCGGACCCCUCUCUAUGAAUUCCAUAGAGCUCAUGGGGGUAAAAUGGUGGCGUUUGCGGGAUGGAGUAUGCCUGUGCAAUACACAGACAGCCACAUCAACUCGCACCUCCACACACGCCAACACUGCUCCAUCUUCGAUGUCAGCCACAUGCUACAGACCAAAGUCCAUGGGAAAGAUCGAGUAAAGUUCAUGGAGUCCUUGAUUGUUGGAGACAUUGCAGAGCUAAAGGACAACCAGGGCACCCUGUCUCUCUUCACCAACGAUAAAGGGGGCAUCAUAGAUGACCUGAUAGUGACUAAGACAGAUCAGGGUUAUCUGUAUGUGGUGUCCAACGCUGGCUGUGCAGACAAAGACUCUGCUCAUAUGGAGGCCAAACUGCAGGAGUUUAAAGCAGCAGGUCAUGCUGUCGAUAUAGAGUAUUUGGAAGAGAGUUUGAUUGCUAUUCAGGGUCCGUCAACAGCACGAGUGCUGCAGGAGGGUGUGUGCGACAACCUCAGCAAGCUGACCUUUAUGACCAGUGUUCUGACCCCAGUGUUCGGCAUCCAGGGCUGUAGGGUCACUCGCUGUGGAUACACUGGGGAGGAUGGGGUUGAGAUAUCAGUCCCAUGUGGGAGUGUGGUAGAGUUGACAGAGAAACUACUGGUCAAUAGUGAGGUGAAACUGGCUGGCCUUGGUGCAAGAGACAGCCUGAGACUGGAAGCAGGACUCUGUCUCUACGGCAACGACAUUGAUGAGACUACGACACCUGUGGAAGCCAGUCUUGUAUGGACUAUAGGUAAGCGCCGUCGCCAGGUGAGGGAUUUCCCUGGAGCUGAUGUCAUCGUUCCACAGAUCAAAGCAAAGACUCAGAGGAAAAGAGUGGGACUUAUGUCCAGCGGUCCACCAGUGCGACAACACACCCCCAUCCUCAGCCCCAAUGGCAAAGUUAUAGGUGAGGUCACCAGUGGAUGCCCGUCCCCGUGCCUAAAGCAAAAUGUUGCCAUGGGUUAUGUGGAGACAAGCUUCAGUAAAUCAGGAACGCCUGUUCAGGUAGAAGUGAGGAAGAAGAUGGUACCGGCAGUGAUCAGCAAGAUGCCAUUUGUCCCUACAAGUUAUUAUACUGGACAGUAAAGUAACCUUGGACUGAUCAAAUCCUUUAUUUUUUCAAAUAAAUGAUUUUGAAAGUAGAGAUCUGUCAGGGAAACAUUUCUGAGAGUUUAUAGCACUUAGUUUGACUGCCGCUAGAUUACAGAGUGAAAUUAAUUUACUAAUAGAGAGUGAGAUUCGGCGAAUGUGUUGGACAGAUGUCUUUUCUAUAUUUUUAUUCUAAAUUCAAAUACAAUAUUGCCAUAUUGUGUCAAUGUGUGGAAGGCUUGGAGUCGGGAGUAUGUCACAUUUAUAUUCCAGUGCAUUGUGUUUUCAUACUAUAAUCAAUGGUUAUAAAGAGAUCAAUCUCUAGCUUAUUUAUAUUUACUAUUUGCUGGAUAAUACUGACCAACGUGUAAACUGCUAAAGUUACUAGCAAGAAUAUGAAUACAUAUAGUCUCCUGUAGCUACAGUUGCAAUCAAAAUUAUUCUACCCCCAUUGCAAAUUAUUCUUCCCCUUCAUGGCAAACUUCUUUAGUACUUAGUAGAGCAGCCUUUUGCGUUAUGACCUGCUGCAAAUGAGAUGCAUAGCUUCUGACAGCGUUCCUGAGGAAUCUUAGCCUCAUUGGCCUCCAGUUCAGUAAUAUUCUUGGGUUUGUGUGCUGCAACCACCUUCUUCAAAUCCCACCAGAGAUUUUUGAUGGGGUUCAAGUCAGGUGACCGUGAUGGCCCUGUAGAAUCUUCCAGGAAUUCUUCUACAACCAAGCCUUGGUGGAAUUUGAGGUAUACUUGGGAUCAUUGUCCUGUUGGAAGAUCCAAUGACGCUCAAGCUUCAGCUUCCUCACAGAUGGCAUGACGUUUUCUCCUAGGAUUUCCUGAUACUUCAGUGAAUCCAUCUUGCCUUCCACACGCUGCAGGUUUCCAGUGCCAGACGAUGCAAAGCAGCCCCAGAGCAUCACAGAGCCACCACGUUUGACUGUUCUUUCUUCAUUCUUCUUCCUCCAGACAUACUUCUGAUCCAUUGUGCAGAAAAGUUCUAAUUUUUUCAUCGCUUCACAGAACAGAAUCCUAAAACUUCUGUGGCUUAUUUAUAUGAUUUUCAACUGACUUUUCUUGUGCUUUUGGGUCAGUAGUGGUGUACAUCUUGGAGUUCUGGCAUGAAAACCUUCUGCAUUUAGUACGUGCCAUACUGUGCUCAUAUAAAAGUCUCGCUGCAGGUCUUUUCAGAAAUCUUGCCUUCUCAGAAAUCUGGUUGCAACUGUUGAUAGAUUCCUUUUUCUGCCCUGUUCAGGUAUUUCAUGCAUUUUCUACCUCUAGCCAGUUCAGGUAUUUCAUGUGUUCCAGCUCAAGCACAUCUGGUGCAACUAAUGAAGCCCUUGAUUAGUUGCAUCAGGUGUGCUUGAGACAACACCUGUUUUGCAUAUUUGUGCUGUUGUGAGGGAUUCUAUUCAGGGGAUUGACUGGAGAAAUCAUUAUAAGUUGCGUUUUCAGUUGAAUUUGCAGAGACCACUUGGUUGUAUUGAACUAUUUACAUUGCUUUUGUUUGAUUUGUUCAUUGCAAACAGCUGAUAGUCUGGAAAUAUUGACAAUAAAUCUGAUUUGCAAUGGGGGUUGAAUAAUUUUGAUUGCAACUGUAUGUGCCUUUAUUUGUGUAAUUUGCCUGCACGAAGUGGUGGUCAUUAGUAUUGAUUAUAGAUUUAACCCUAGUCUCCUGCCAAGUCUCUCCUGGUACAGGCAAGUUUGUACUUCACAGUAGUUUUGGUUUGCAUUGUGCUAAUUUCUGUAUGUUUGAACUUUUCCCAUUUUAUUUGAAUCCUUUAUUAUUCUAAACUGUGAAACCAAACAAGGGGGCCAAAAUUACAGUUAAAUAUUGGUACUUUUUUUAUUAUUAUUAUUUUUUUUUUUAUAUACAUUUUUAAAUGUAUAAUACUUCUUAGAGUACAUACAAUUUUAAAUCUAAAAAUAUCUUAGAAUAUAUCUUAAAUCUAAAAUAUAUUUAAGAGCAAGAAAAAAUAUUUUGUAUUAAACAUUAAUAAACUGACAUAGUGAUGCAGUGUUUAUAUAGUGCUUACUUUAAAUAAAAUGAUCCUGAUCUGA